GCUGUCACUUCCUGCUCUUGAUCAGGAAAGAUAACAUAAGAGCAACUACGUCUCGUCUCCCGGCACCGGCAGAAGGAGCAUCACGUGACUACAUACUCUCUGGGAAUUGUAGUUCUAACGCCUCAUGCCGCCGCAGUGUGUACUGGGAAGGACUACAGCUCCCAUCAGCGCUUGCGGCGCAUUGGUGUACAGAGGUUUGCACAGUGUUUGUCCGUCUGCCGGUGACACAUCCUGCUGCAGGGAGACGUCACCUGAAGACCAGCCAUGGAGGUCCAGGUCCUAGAACAUAUCCGGCACUCGCUACUGAGUGACAGAAACAAAGACCUGAUCAUAGACAAGCUGCUGAGUCUCACCAUGGAGAUUAUCUGUCUGCUGACUAGAGAGGAUUUCAUUGUUGUGAGAAAGUCGGGUGACCAGGUGACAGACAUCGGCGGCCCCUCUGUGUCAGACAGAAGCAGCGGCACCCAGAGUCCAAACACGGAGGCUCAGCCUCAUGCGCCAACAGGGGAGAGGAGACGUGACCGGAAUAUCCAGCCACCUACUGAGGUAUAUCACAGAGAGACAGGAAAGGUGCCUGGGAAGUGUAAGGAUGUGGAGGUCUCGUUCUCUGUGACAGAGUGGGACUAUUCAGGCGGACACAAUGACGUUGUAAUGGACCCUCCGCAGCUGCGUGACUCAGUGGGUGAGUGUAGCUCUAGAAGCCCCCCAGGACGAUGUGAGACCCCUCUGUACUCUGGGGAUUAUAUAAAGGAAGAGAACCGGAUUGUCAUAGAGGAUUAUCAGGAUGAGCCGGGACACGGGGUGUAUCACCCGCAGUGUAAGGAAGAGGAGCCCGUCCCUGAUCCCACCAGCUCAGGUGGGUGCAGCUCUAGAAAUCCCGCAGACCCCUGUGAGACCCCUCUGUACUCUCCGGGCUGUAUAGAGGAAGAGAACAGGACUGUGACACAGGAAUAUCAGGAUGAGCCGGGACACGUGAUAUAUCACCGGCAGUGUAAGGAAGAGGCCGUUCCUGCUGAGAUCAGCCCAGGUGGGUGUAACCCUACACACCCCGCAGACCCAUGUGACACCCCUCUCUAUACUCCGGGGUGUAUGGGAGAAGAGAACAGGAUGAUCAGCCAGGAUUAUCAGGCUGUGCCAGGAGACGGAAUGUGUUACCAGCAAUGUAAAGAAGAGGACGUUCCUGCUGAGAUCAGCCCAGGUCCGCACACCUAUCCUGAGAAGAUGCAUCAGUGCUCGGAGUGUCAGCAAUGUUUCCCUUAUCAUUCAGCCCUCGUCACCCAUCAGCAAACGCAUAGCGCCAGUAAUCUGUAUAGAUGCUCAGUUUGUGGAGUGCGUUUCAGCUCCAGAUUAGCUCUUACCACCCACCAGCGAUGUCACACUAACGACAAACUGUUUUACUGUUCUUACUGUGGGAAAUCCUUUCAGCAGAAGUCACGUCUUGUGUACCAUAAGAGGACUCACACUGGGGAAAAGCCAUUUUCAUGCACAGAGUGUUGGAGAUGUUUUACCUGCAGAUCUGCACUUACUAAACACCAGCGGAUUCACUCAGGCGAGAAGCCAUUUAAGUGCACAGAGUGCGGAAAAUGUUUUCUCCAGAAAGCCGACCUUGUGAAGCAUCAGCGCACUCACACCGGGGAGAGGCCAUUUGUGUGUUGCCAGUGCGGCCGCUGCUUUUCAAAUAGCUCAAAUCUUUGGCGACAUAAGAAGGUCCACACCGAUCUAGGUGAAUAAACUGUCUAUCAUAUGCAUAACAAAACUUGUAUAUGAAUUGCAGACAGAUUACUUUUCUUGUUGAAUUGCGCAACUUACUGUGUCCAUUCAUGUAUUCUUCAAAAAAUAUGCAUUGUGGAUACAAUAGAAACGUCACUUGAAAUUUCCAUCUACUACCACUUUUUGGCGUAACAUAAAUUAGUUAUGAGAGUGAAGAACCUCAGAACUGUCUCUGGGUCUGAUUCUAAAUUUGGGAAUAAAGUUAGAGCAUUUAUCUGUGCACCUGGACAGACGAUGGGCCUAAUUCAAACCUGAGCGCUCGCUAGCGUUUUUUGCACCGCUGAGAUCAGCUCAGAACUGUGCAUGCGUAUGCACUUCAAUGUACAGGCACCUUUCACGGAUACAAAGUGGAUUGCUGCUCAGCGAUGGGUUUGUGCAAAAUAUCAAUUCGCACGGCCGUUUGCAAGGAGACUGACAGGAAGAAGGGGUUUGUGGGUGGCAACUGACCAUUUUCUGGGAGUGGUUGGAAAAACAGGCAGGUCCAUGCGUUUGCAGGGAGGGUGUCUGACGUCAGUUCCAGGCCUGGACAGGCUGAAGUGAUCACAGCAGCUGAGUAAGUCCUGGGCUACUCAGAAACUGCACAAACUCUUCUUGUACCAUUUGGCAGCACAUGCGAUCGCACCCUUGCCACAGCUAAAAUACACUCCCCGGUGGGCGGCGACUGUGCGAACGCUGGACUGCAAAAAGCCCGAGCGAUCAGGUGUGAAUUAGGCCCCAUGUUGCAAUUCAAGGGGCGAAAUUACAUAUUUUUUUUGCAUGUGGGGUAAAUACUAUCUUUUGCAUGUAGACCACAAAUGCUGACCAGCUUUAUGUUUACACUGCAAUUUAGAUUUGAGUUUGGACACACCUUUCUCAAAGGUAAAACUCUCUGCACUAUUUUACCAAGGUGUACAGUUACUUGCUCUUAUUUACUUUAUUCUCUAAUCAGAGUCCGCUUCUCGGUUACAUGUAUUACUUUAAUGUCUUUGUAUUGAUUACAUUCAGAACAAUUAUUGGGGGAUGGAUAAUUUUAAUGAUCCUGGACUGAGAGGAGUCAGUUGCCACAGAUAAUUCCGGCUGUGAGCUGAUUAUGUAAAUCAGAGGCAGAUUGCAGCCAAGAUAAAUUUUAUUGGGAGAGCCAGAGUAAGGACGAUUACAAGGGUCGUGUUCCCAGGGUCCCACUGUGGGGAGUGCAUGUCACAUAAGGGGGCCCUUGUUUAGAAAUAUGGUGUAUUUACAUCCUCUUUUGUGGUGAUAUGCUAUAUCUGUCACAUCCUCCCCAUCAUAACACCAGUAUAAUCAGUGACAGUGGGUAGUGAGUCUCUAUCUGUGAUCGAUAACAGUCUGAUGGCAUGUGGGCAGGUCUGGUGGACAUGUGAGGAUGUCUGCGGGGGCAAUUGGACAGGUCUGUGGCAUGUGGUACACUUAAGCAUUGUGAGGGGUCGACAUAUCGGGCACUUUCUCUGUUAGCCAAGGCUCCAUGCUACAUCUGCUGAGCCAUUAGAGGAAAGAACCCUAUCUGCUUUAUUUUUUAUCAAGUCCCACAAUUUCUAAUUGCACUCUGGAUUACAGUGUUUCAAAAUCCACUGGAAUGAACUUUUCCAAAAGUGCAACUGGAAGGUGCAACAUGCACACCUGAUAGGUGAGGCCCCAUUUAAACCAUUUCAGAGCCUCUAUAAGAAUGAAGUCCUCUUGCUGAGCAGAAAAGGCUGCGCUGCCUCCCAACACAGGGAACUACACUUUAAAUGUUCCUACUCUUACCCUCCAUAUUAUUCAUUCUAUCCAGUCCUAUGAAAUUAAGGGUCUAUUUACUAAGCCUUGGAUGAAGGUAAAGUGGACGGAGUUAAAGUACCAGCCAACCAGCUCCUAACUGUCAUUUUUCAAACCCAGCCUGUGACAUGGCAGUUAGGAGCUGAUUGGCUGGUACUUUAUCUCGGUCCACUUUAUCUUGUAUUUGCAUGUGGGUGCACUACUAUGGCUAAUUUGUACCCCUCACAUCCCCCUUUCUACCCAACAUUUCCUAUACAGUUUUGCAGCUGUUCUGCCCAUAAUUCCAGGCCUCAUUGGCAAAACAGGAGCAACGGCACAAAAUGGACAGUUGCUGUCAUGUAACAGCAUUUGUUGAAUCUACAGUAAAUAAAAAUCUAAGUUCUAACUAGCCAUAUAAAAUUGAAAGUUAAACAACCCAAACAGCAUCAUCUCUGUUUUGUAGUCAAUGUUAGGAAAUGGUCAAAUUUUUCUUUAAUAUUCUAGUGUAUCCAGCCCAGGUGAGGUUGUUGAAGGCAGUUAGGCUGUAGUGGCAGUUGAAAAGCUCAUUGUGCCAGGAAGCCAGUGGCGUCCAGGAGGCCAGAGUCUACACUUGCAAGAGGCAGGAAUGACUUUGAGAAGGACAGAAGUUGCCUUGCCUGUGAGAGAUAGGACUAGAAUUUAAGUGAGACUUUGCAGACUAGCUGCCCGCUAUAGAGAGGUGACCAGCAAUGAGAUAGUGUACUGCAUGGGUCUAGGUUGUUUGUCAUUUCCUGUUUCAUUUAUGCUGCCAAUAAAACUCUUUGCUUAAUUUGAA